CCCUCCUGCUUGCCUGCUUCCGUGUGAAUAUGGCGGCAAUGGAAACAACAGUUCACAGUUUAGAGUGUCAUCAAACUGCUGUUGAAACUAUCGUUAAUCGCUGGAUAGUGGAUUAUUAUGCAUUUCUAGCGCUAGAGUCGCUGCAGAAGGAACGGUACACGGACUUCUGCAGUAUCAAAAAUGUACUCGACGGGGUCCUGGACCAUGCUAUGUCGGGCACUCAUACCAUGGCAAAGAUUCAAGUACUGCGCUUCCUCUCCUGCAUAUAUGAGGGUGAACAAUUUGAUGUGUCAUCUGUGUCUGACCAGUCUACAACUCCUCUGGAAACGGCCUUAAUGUUGUUGGAACGUAUCAGGCAGGACUACAGUGUCCCACCGCAGGAUUUUGAGAAUGCAUGCAGUUCAAUUAGAGAGAUGAUCAUGGUGAUUUUCCUUCAGAACAACAAAUUUGACAAAGCAAAGAAAAUGCUGACCAAACACUUUCCCAAACCGAUGGUUGGCAAGAAAGCUAUAUUUAUGGGUCUUAUCAAUCAGAGGAGUAAAACACAUGAAGUCAUCGAACAUAUCAACUUCCCCCAGUUCAAGAAAGAAAUGUUGUCCUUUUGCCAGAGGCUCUGCCCAUUUGGAUUUCCUUUUCUGUACACGGCUGCAGAAAAACUAAUUGAUGAGAGACUCAGGAGAGAGAAUGACAAUGCAGCUGGACCUGAUGAGCAAGAAGAACCUGGCCCAUCCUCUAGUUUACAAACAGACACUGCCCUGUUUGUACCCUGCAAACAUAAAAUUAUCCAGAGGACUCGACUUGAAGCAGCCUUCAAUGUUCUGAGUGAAAGAUCAGAUAUGAGAACAUUUGCUCAGCUGGAGGAAGAGGUGGAAAGAGAGGAGCAGGCAAGAGAAGACAUUUCUCUACGCUUGUCACCUAGUCCUAUUGGAGACAUCGGUGAGGACUCGGAGCAGAACAAGCUGUUUCAGAGAGGCUCGGGGAGCCCGAUGGAGGCUUCCCCAGCAGAGCAACCACCACAAACAGACACUGCACCUCACACACAGGUUUGUUCACUCUCAAAGUCACCUGCAGUUCUGAGGAACAGGCGACAUUUCACCGUGGCACAACUGGUGGUUGAGCCAGACAGCCAGGUGAGCUCACAGUCCACAACAGCUUCUCUGGAGCAAGAGAAUGAAAUCAGAGAAGAGUCACCACAGUCACCGACUAUAUCCAAUAACCAAGUCCCGCAGAGCCCACUAACAGACAAUGAGAUUACCAAACCCUCAUGGAAACUCCAAAGACGAGGGAAGCAUCGUUGCAGCAGAGCCGCAACUAGUUUGGAGUCCUCAAACAGUGAGGAUGAUCUUCCUGCAGCUAACAAGCAAAUUUGUGUGAGGAAACACCAUGACCAGUCCUACACUUCACUCAGAGGCAACUCCUCCAAGUCACGUGGUAUAGUCACUUCAUCAGAUGGCGAGGAAAACCUACAAGAUUCCUCUUCCUGCAUCAAAACCCCAGUACAGCCCGACAAUCCUCUCAGCGACAAUCCAGAUGACGUGUUCAUCAUGGACUCGUCAUCGGAAGGCACUCACAGUGCAAUUCAUGACCCCAUCCCUCAGACAAGCUCCACGCCACACAAAGACUCUCCUCAUUCAAAAUGGAAACAGCUUUUCAAUAAUGCAAAGGAAAGUAAGGAAAGGUGGAGCGACGAAGAGUCACCUGUCGCCUCCAGAAAGAAGAAUGGAUCACAUGACAGCACCCUUUCAAAUUCAAGCCACAGGAAGAUGUGGAGCGACCAUGAGACAAAGCUGUUGAUAGAAGGGGUCAGAAAAUUUGGAGAGGGGAACUGGAGUAGGAUCAAGGGAUAUUACACCUUUAAUGGUCGAACAAAUGUCAACCUGAAGGACAGAUGGAGAACGCUGAAAAAGUCAAAGCUGGUCUAGGACAUUUCUGAAAUCUAAUUUUUUCAGCUGCAAUUUUUUUUACUGCAUUGUCUGUACAAUUAAGUUGAAAUUAGGGAUUUGGUUGAAGAGGAGUUCUGUUUUCAACGGCAGUAUGUCGGAUACGUUUUUGAUACAUGCAUUUCCACUGCAGCCCUGUUUUUAGAGGCAAGCUCACAAAGACAAAUAAAUACAAAGACAUGAGUUUAUUUGGCAUUUUAAGACAAAAAAAACAUUUAUCCUUCUGAUAAAUUAACUCAAAAUCAGGGUGGUCUUAGAAAGAGGCUGUCACAAAGAAAUGCUUAGUGGUGUACUAGCAGUAUCCUGUCAUGUUUAAGUUUUUUUCAGUCCCUAGCUUGAUUUCAAAGCAUGAGGAGCCAAUGAAACCAGACUUUAAAUGCAGCCAUUCAAAUGUGGAAAGCUCCUCAUCCAGUUCUGAAUUUCAAUGACUUGUUUAUUUUAAAAGUUGUAAAUAAAACAGAGGGAUUUGAUAGUCCAGUUGAUGCA